AUGAUCAAUAACACAACAUCUCCGACCUCACCAACGGUCCCAUCACCCACUCCCAAACUCUCCCAACUCACUCAGGACACUGUUGCCGUUGCAAAAUCCGUUCUAGAAGACAAGUACUCGAAACAAAAACUCACCCGUAAUAAAGCCAAUAUCCGUUGGGUUGAUAAAGUCAAACCAAAGACGGUCAAGGAUUAUGAUAAGAUUGCAGUAAUUGGUAGAGGAGCAUUCGGAGAGGUUCGUCUCGUACGAGAUAAACAAACUGGACAAGUUGCAGCCAUGAAAAUGUUAAAGAAGACUGAAAUGAUGAAGAAGAAUCAAGUUCAGCACGUACGAACCGAGAGAAAUUUGAUGGCUGAUUCUGGAGAGAAUAACAUCAAUGAGUGGAUUGUUGAAUUGUAUUCAUCCUUUCAAGAUAAUGAAUAUUUGUAUCUUGUCAUGGAGUAUUUGCCUGCAGGAGAUAUGAUGACUUGGCUCAUUCAAAGAGAAUAUUUCACUGAGGAAGAAACACGAUUUUAUAUUGCAGAAUUGGUCAUGGCUGUUGGUUCUAUUCAUGCUCUUGGUUAUGUUCAUAGAGAUUUAAAGCCUGAUAAUAUUUUACUUGACAAGAAUGGUCACAUUAAACUUUCUGAUUUCGGAUUAUCAAAGCCAUACAAGUUGGAAGAUACUGAUCCCGAGGAAGCAAGAAAAUCCAUUGAGGAUGCAGCUGCAAAUGAGUUAAACAAUUCAGGAGCUGCCUCUAGUCAAGAAACAGGAAAACAAAGAGAUGAAUGGAGAAAGAAGGGUCGUAUCAAGCUCUACUCAACUGUUGGAAGUACUGGCUACAUUGCACCAGAAGUUUUAUUGAAGAAAGGUUAUGGAUUGGAAUGUGAUUGGUGGUCAGUGGGAAUUAUUAUGUUUGAAAUGUUGUGUGGAUAUCCACCAUUUUCAUUUGAUGAACCACCAGCUCAGACAUGUCACAGAAUUAUCAAAUGGAAAGAAAAUCUACAAUUCCCUGACGACGUUGUUUUGUCAAAUGAAGCCAAAGAUUUGAUUUUGAGAUUUUUGUGUGAUCCUGAAGACAGAAUUGGAACAAAUAGCAUUGAGGACAUUAAGAAGCACCCAUACUUUAAUGGAAUUGAUUGGGAAAAUAUUAGAAAGGGACCAGCUCCAUUCUGUCCUGAACUAGAAAGUGAAGACGAUCAUAGAUAUUUUGACAACUUUGAAGAUAAUGAAAUGUACAGAACCAUUAAGGAUGAACCAAGAAAUAUCUUGAGAACUAACAAACACAUGGUAUUCGCAAACUUUACUUGGGACAAAGACUUGAGAGAGGGAAAGAAAACUCAAUCUCGAACCACAGUCAUGGACAUGCGAGAAAAUAUGAAAGCCAUGUAUGAACAACAACAAAGUCAACAAUAA